CUGAAUGUGGUUAUGAAACAUACAAUAAAAAUCAUGAAGAUAAAAUUAAAAAAAAUGAAGAAAAUAAUCAUGAAUUAACAAAUCUUAAAAUAAAAUAUCAGAAAACUACUUUUGAAUUAAAUCUUAAUGAACAAACUUUUAAUUGUAAACCAUCCAUUUAAACCAUACAACUGUAAUGAGUGUGAAAAAACUUUUUCAUCUAAACUAUAUCUUAAUAUUCAUCAAAAAUAUCAUACAAAUGAAAAAAAGUUUAUUUGUCCCAUUUGCAAAGUUUCCUUUUCUCAAAAAUCAAAUUUAAAAAAUCAUAUCAGGGUCCAUACAGGAGAAAGGCCAUUUAAAUGUGAAUUAUGUUUCAAGACAUUUGCUGAUCAAUCAAAUUAUUGCAGACAUAAAAAAAUUCACAGUGGGAAAAAAUAUGUACAACAAAAUUUAGACCAUAUAAAGUGUAAUAUUUGUGCUAAAAAUUUUAGUCGGUUAUCUAAUUUAAAAAAUCAUAUACUAAUGAUACAUGAAGGUAAAAAACCGUUUAAAUGUGAAAUGUGCAAUGCUACAUUCCCUAGAAAAGAUUAUUUGAUUCUUCAUUAUGCAAUUCAUUCUAAUGAACCGGAAUUUAAAGAUCAGCUCCUUAUAAAAAAAUUUAAGUGCCAAAUUUGUGAGAAAUCAUUUAGCAAUCUAAGUUCUUUUCAUCGACAUGAGUGGUUACAUAAAGAAGAAAAACCAUAUCAAUGUGAUUGUUGUAAAUUAUUUUUUGUUCGAAAAGAUGCUCUAAUUGUUCACAUCAGAACUAAGCAUACUAAGAUAAAACCAUUUAAAUUGCUUUUAUCGGCUCAAUUAAGGGCCAUUGCGGCCUCUCAUUUAUACUUCAGGGCGGGUGAUUAUUCCGUUGCUGGAGAGAGAAUAGUGACUCCAACUACCAAACAGAUCAUUUGGCAAAUGAAGCCACCCAUGACCGAGUUUCGAACUCGAGGCAGUGCACCCCAAGCACUUCCGCAUUACCGACUCGGCCACACCGUCCUCUAGUAGAAUUUUAUUCUACUUUUUCUUAUUUUAUUAAUUUACAGUAUAAAUACUGAGUCAAUUUUGUUGUCUGAUAUGGACAAUCCUAACUGAGGUGGCCUAUUUAGCUUUAUCAGCAACACAUGAUGUCUGUAUUUAAUGGUGGGAAAGUAAAUUUUCUCACUUUGACACACAAAAUAUAGUAUUUAGAAUAUUCAACGUAAUUAAAUAAAUAAUAUGGAAUGUUGAUUAAAUAUUAAUUCUCAUUUUUUAGUAACAAAUUAAAUCAUUAUAUGGUCAUUUAUAUGUAAUUUUAUUAGUUUAUGAAAAAAAAAUAUUUCAAUCAAAUUAUUUAAUUAAAUAAUACUUUAUUUUUUAUUGGGAUAUAAAUUAUUACAAUAGUUAUAAAAAAACGAUAUAGCUGUAAUUAUAAAACUAAAAAUUCUUAGGGUAAAGUGAAAAUGGUUUCAAUAUAUAGGUAAUGCAUUAUGCUAUGAGAAAUAAUGGACUCAGCUACUAACAAAUUAUCUUUUAUGAUUAAGUAAUCAUCGAUUUUUAAUAUUCCAUAAAAAAGUACCCAAACUAUUAUGUAUACAAACAUCCCAAUAGUAUGAUUUUUCUAUAACUAAACAAUACAUUAUUUAAAUCACAUAAAUACAUGUUUAAGAAUAUAGGUUGUAAAAUAACUAUUAAAAUUAUGUAUUUAAAUUAAAUGGCAGUACAAAACUAGGAAAUUUUUUAACAUUAAUAAAUAACUAUACAGUUAUUCAAUUAUUAUAAUUAAAAUGUUUCAUUUAACUCAGCAUACGUAAUAUAAUUAAUUAUAAAGUUAUUCGGUGCAUUCAUAUUCUUUAUUAUAUUGAGUUUUGAAAUCUUCAAAUUCAGUUUUUAAUUCCUAAAAUUAAAAAAAAAAAUUAUAAAUACCAUAAUAUUUAGAUGAUGGAUGGGGUGCGCCAAGAUCCAGGGAAACUGGAA